AUGACUCGUUCGCUGCUGCGCGGCCUGGCCUGCGCCGCUGCCGUCUUCGGCACGGCUCACGCUGCCACGAUCUCGGCCCAGGACGAAAUCCCUUCGUGGCUCAAAAAUUCGGCCAUGCAGCUGAUGCUGGCGUCUGCCGGCGGCGACGUCUUGCCUUUGACGUUCAUAAUCAUGCCCUCGACACAAAACCUGGGUCUCAACCAGUCCGACGUGGUUCGCGGGUCAAUCAGAAUCGAGGGGACCAUGGUCUCCGCCACGUCGUCAAACUACAACUCGAUCAAUGGAAACCAAAUCGCGUACCUAUCCUGCGACACCACCGAUGGCAGCGGCUUCAUCCAACCGAACAUGAUGCUGGGCACUCUUAUGGAGAAUAAGCCAAAGGCCAUUGUCUUGUACAGCACUGUGGGAAACUGGUGCUCGUUGGCCGGCGAUCACCCGUUCGACUCAAUCUUCACAAUGGCAGACGCCGGAGACGCGUCGCAAGCCCUGCACAUUCUCAACGGUACGAAUGAGGUGGACGAAAUCAAGGUCACCAUCACGGGAAACACGACGUCCGACGGUCGCGACGGCGGAAAUGGCGGAGGUGGUAACAACUCAGCGGUCGCCAUGAGCAUCCUUUACAGCAUAACGGGUCUCAUCACGCUGCUCUUCUUGAUCAUCAUCGCCACUGGUGCCGUCAGGGCCCAUCGAUACCCCGAGAGGUACGGUCCACGGAGCGCGUUCAACGGCCGUCCACGCCAAAGCCGUGCGAAGGGCCUUGCUCGUGCCGUUCUGGACACUCUGCCCAUCGUCAAGUUUGGCGAGCGCCAGGAGGGUAUCGCGAAGCCGGAUCCGAACAUAGAACUGGAGAGCGCGUCGAUCGCUCACACGAAUGAGAGGGGCAUUGAGAGUCGCGGCGAAUCUAGACAGCAGGAUACUGUCCCCGUAAACACAAAGAGUGCGGCAGCAACGACGACGGCUGCCGUAGCCCCAGAGGCAACAGGUGCGGUAGGCGCGGCCGCUGCCACGACCGCCGCAAAGACGGCAGGCUCUGAUAAUCCUACUGAGGGCCAAGAAGAGAACCUUGGCUGCUCCAUCUGCACGGAGGACUUCACUGUCGGCGAAGACGUCCGUGUGCUGCCUUGUAAUCACAAGUUCCACCCCAACUGUGUUGACCCAUGGCUGGUCAACGUUUCGGGCACGUGUCCGCUCUGCCGUCUCGAUCUUCGACCCCAGGGCGAGGAGACCAACGACGCAAGCGAGGAGCUUCCGCCUCCGCUGGACCUCGACGGACACGAAAGUGACGGGUCUUCGACAACAGCGCAGAGACGGCGGACCCGGUUGUUUGACCUCAACAGGUUGAGGCACGCUUCGGCCGAGGAGCGCAUCCAGGUCCUUCGUCAGUAUAGAACACAGCAGCAAGGCCAGGACGCUGCCGAGGGAGCGAGCAGCGCGCCCGAUGAGAGGAGCCGCAGAGCGAGGUUGGCCGACAAAUUACGCGACAAGUUCCGCAUUCGGACGGGACCGCAGUCUUGA